AUGUCCUAUAACAAUUCUUCUCAAUAUCCCAGUUCGGGAUACCAAAGUGCUUACACACAGUAUCCACAGAGCUAUGGGAGUAACUACAAUAAUUAUCAAGGCUAUGGGCAGUAUGCUAAUCAGCCUGCCCAACAAUCUACACCAACUGAAGGAUUUAGUUCUUCAUCAAAUUGGAACUCUUCUGGAUAUGGGUCAACUCAGAAAGAUGCAGUGGCCCAAGAGAUGCAGCAGCAGAAAGCACAGUUGACUAAGCAGCGCGAAGAUUACGUCAAGAAGGCUUUGGUUUUGCGCCAUGAACUGGACCAGUUGCGAGUCCAGAAGCAUGAGCUGGUCGGAGAUGGAAGAUGUGACGAUCACGAGCUGGCCAAUAUUUUGCGACAGAACGACAAGCUGCAGGACGAGAUCCAGGGCAAAAUGAAGGCCAUCCAUAACGUGAUCGAGAUGCUCUCGAGCAUCAUCAAAGACAACCGCUCGAUAGCCGAUCUCGAGGCCUCCUUGCGCGAACCGGAGUCACCCAAACGGUCGCCCCGUGAAGAAACUCGCUCCGAGCACAAGAGCAAGUCCCCGGAGGCGGCGCCCAACGAUCACGACAAGUACUGCUACGUGCACUACGACACCGGCCUGCACUGGUGCCGGCUGUGCGAUGAGUUUCCCGAGACGGCCAAGGACUUUUUGCUGCACCUGCAGGACAAGAAGCACAGGGAGCUGGCGAAGGAGAACGACGUGGACAACACGCCGUGGCACAAGUUGCCGGCCGAGCCGGUGUUGCCUUCGAACGAGGAGGCGCCUAAGCGGCGUAUCCCUAUCAAAGGUCUGCAGUUUUUCAUUUCUGCCCCAUCAUGGUAUUGCAAGCUGUGUGAUGUUUGGAUUGGGGACUUGCAUUGUGCAUCACAUCAUUUGAAAUCGCAAAGCCACUUUCAAAACUAUGAGAAUUUCGUAUCGCAAAACCCCCAGUGGGAGAUGGAGUGGUUCAAAGACCGCGAAAAGACCAUGGUACGAAAGGUCCAGCAGGAGGACUCCUCCGACUCGGACUCCUCCAAGCGCCGCAAAAAGCGCAAAGACAAACGCCACUCGAGCGAGCCAUUCGCCAAAGACAAGAAGAAGAAGAAGAAAUCGAAGAAGAAGCGCAGGCACUCCUCUGACUCGAGCAGCAGCUCCUCUUCGGACAGCAGCUCCGAGGACGAGAACGAGGACAAGUCGAGGAGCAUCAGGGUGGCCAUGCGCAACAUGAAGCAGGUGCAGUCGAUCAUGGACGAGGAUCUGUCGGCCAAGUGGAACGUUUUGGAGAAGCUGGUGGAGGAGCACAAGAAGAAGGAGCUUCGAGAUAAAGAGGAACAAGAGAAAAAGGACGCCCCCGAGGAUCCGCUGAUCAAUCAGUGGAUGACGGUUUCGCAACCGCCGCCCAAAGACAAGCAGAUGCUGGACAACUUGAAGGACAGGAUGCGAUUGAAGCAGGAACAGGAGAGGGCCAGGCUGGCCGAGAUGGAGCAAAGGAGGAGGGAGAAAGAGCGAGAAGAGCUAGAAAGGUUAGAACAGAGGAAACAAGAAGAGCGAGAGGCCGCAGAAGAAGCUGAAAGAGAACGGAAACGUAGGGACCAAGAUGAGAUGGACAGAAUCAGAGAUAAGGAAAGAAACCAGGUCAGGUUCAAGACGAACUAUCGCAGAAGACGGUCACGAUCCAGGAGUGACGAUGAAGAGAAUCAUCAAGACAGAUAUCAUAGGCACGAGAGUAGUAGCAGGUACAGGAAGGAGAACGAACCCCGCUCGUACAAAGAGCGCGUAUCGCGCAGUCGCAGCCGCAGCCCCGAGCGCAAGCCCGACCAGCCCAGCGCGGGCAAGAAGAAGCCGCCCGGCCCGCCCAGCUACAAGAAGCUGCCCUUCAUCGGCCGUAUGCCGCUCUUCAAGAAUCGCACGAAGGCGCCCGAGGAGAAGGAUCAGGAAACGAAGGAGAUCAAGAAACAGUCGUACGAGGCGCCGCGACGCACCCGCUUCGAGCCCGGCAACCUCCCACGCGCCUUCAUCCCCCGGCCGGACGUCGUCUGCUUCCCGAAGUUGUCGUCGAUCCCGCCGCUCGAUCUGCCGCCCCCGCCGCCGCCCGCGGUGACGGCGGCGCCGGUGCUGGCGGCGCCGAAGGUGGCCGUGGAGAAGAGGAAGGAGCAGGUGCCGAAGGCGCCGCCGCCGCCCACUCUGGUCGCAGCGACCGAGGAGAAACCGAUGAACUUGAGCGACGACGAGGCUCUAUACGGCCCUGGCGGCAUCGACCCCAGCAUCUACUACCAGGACUACCAGAACUCGAUGUACCCGCAGCACGACGUGUACUCGUACGAGACGACGGACGAGCCGGUGCCGCCGCCACCGCCGCCCCACCCCCACGGGCUGCCCCUCGAACCGCCCCCGCUGCCGCCCGACGACGAUCUGGCCUUGCUGGGCAUAUGCGCGGACGAUAUGGCCGCGCAGUCCUUUUAA